GGUGAGAGCGGCGGGUGCAGGGUGCUGGCGGGCUUCGCGGAGACGCUGAGCGGACGCGGCCGGUGCCGGGUCGUGGGCCUGUCGCCUGCAGCCAUGACCCUCGCAGUCUGUCCCUCAGCCUCGGCCUGGGGCGUCUAGUAUUCCACACAGUCGCGCGCAGCUGCCGGAGAGCCGGCCGCUGGCCCCUCGUCGCCCUUGGCGCCUUAUCACACUCGUUCCCCGGAGCUGGAAGCAGCACGGGCAGCGGCUCCCCGGUGCAACCUGGGGGUGUCUCCUGGAGGAGCCCCCGCCGCCGCCGCUGCUGCCCCUUACUCUGGUUAUGGCCUGGCGGGGCGCAGGGCCGAGCGUCCCGGGGGCGCCCGGGGGCGUUGGGCUCAGUCUGCGGUUGCUGCUGCAGUUGCUGCUUCUCCUGGGGCCGGCGCGGGGCUUCGGGGACGAGGAGGAGCGGCGCUGCGACCCCAUCCGUAUCUCCAUGUGCCAGAACCUGGGCUACAACGUGACCAAGAUGCCCAACCUGGUGGGGCACGAGCUGCAGACAGACGCCGAACUGCAGCUGACAACUUUCACACCGCUCAUCCAGUACGGCUGCUCCAGCCAGCUGCAGUUCUUCCUUUGUUCGGUUUAUGUGCCAAUGUGCACAGAGAAGAUCAACAUCCCCAUUGGCCCAUGCGGUGGCAUGUGUCUUUCAGUCAAGAGACGCUGUGAACCUGUCCUGAAGGAAUUUGGAUUUGCUUGGCCGGAGAGCCUGAAUUGCAGCAAAUUCCCACCGCAGAACGAUCACAACCACAUGUGCAUGGAAGGGCCCGGUGAUGAAGAGGUGCCCUUACCUCACAAAACCCCCAUCCAGGCUGGGGAAGAGUGUCACUCUGUGGGAACCAAUUCUGAUCAGUACAUCUGGGUGAAAAGGAGCCUGAACUGUGUUCUCAAGUGUGGCUACGAUGCUGGCUUGUACAGUCGCUCGGCCAAGGAGUUCACAGAUAUCUGGAUGGCAGUGUGGGCCAGCCUGUGCUUCAUCUCCACUGCCUUCACUGUACUGACCUUCCUGAUCGAUUCUUCUAGGUUUUCCUACCCUGAACGCCCCAUAAUAUUUCUCAGUAUGUGCUAUAAUAUUUAUAGCAUUGCUUAUAUUGUCAGGCUGACUGUAGGCCGGGAAAGGAUAUCCUGCGAUUUUGAAGAGGCAGCAGAACCCGUUCUCAUCCAAGAAGGACUUAAGAACACAGGAUGUGCAAUAAUUUUCUUGCUGAUGUACUUUUUUGGAAUGGCCAGCUCCAUUUGGUGGGUUAUUCUGACACUCACUUGGUUUUUGGCAGCAGGACUCAAAUGGGGUCAUGAAGCCAUUGAAAUGCACAGUUCUUAUUUCCACAUUGCAGCCUGGGCCAUCCCUGCAGUGAAAACCAUUGUCAUCUUGAUUAUGAGACUAGUGGAUGCAGAUGAACUGACUGGCCUGUGCUAUGUUGGGAACCAAAAUCUCGAUGCCCUCACUGGCUUUGUGGUGGCUCCCCUCUUUACUUAUUUGGUGAUUGGAACUUUGUUCAUUGCUGCAGGUUUGGUGGCCUUGUUCAAAAUUCGGUCAAAUCUUCAAAAGGAUGGGACAAAAACAGACAAGUUGGAAAGGCUGAUGGUCAAGAUUGGGGUUUUCUCAGUACUAUACACGGUUCCUGCAACCUGUGUUAUUGCCUGUUACUUCUAUGAAAUCUCCAACUGGGCACUCUUCCGCUAUUCUGCAGACGACUCCAAUAUGGCAGUUGAAAUGUUGAAAAUUUUUAUGUCUUUGUUGGUGGGCAUCACUUCAGGCAUGUGGAUUUGGUCUGCCAAAACUCUUCACACGUGGCAGAAGUGUUCCAACAGAUUGGUGAAUUCUGGGAAGGUAAAGAGAGAGAAAAGAGGGAAUGGCUGGGUGAAGCCUGGGAAAGGCAACGAGACUGUGGUAUAAGGCUAGCCAGCCUCCACACUUUGCUCAUUUUGAAGUGGGGGGAAUGCCAGCAUUUCGGUGGAAAUGCCACUAAAAGUUUUAUGCAGUGAAUCUCAGUUUGAACAAACUAGCAACACUUAAGUGACCCCCAUCAACCCACCGCCCUCUAUACCAGCAUCAUAAAGCCAAUGAUUUUGCUGCAGACUUUGGAAUGAUCCAAAAUGGAAAAGCCGGUUAGAGGCUUUCAAAGCUGUGAAAAAUCAAAACGUUGAUCACUUUAGCAGGUCGCAGCUUGGAGCGUGGAUGUCCUGCCUAGAUUCCAGGAAGUCCAGGGCGAUGCUGUUUUUCCUUGCAGGGUGGGCUUUGAGCUGUGAGUUGGUAACUUGCAGGGAGAAAGAUUAACUUUUUUAACCCUUUAAAGUUUUAAAUACUAACUGGGUCUUUCAGAUAGCAAAGCGAUCUAUAAACACUGGAAACACUGGGUUCAGAGAAGUGUUACAAGAGUUUUAUAGUUUGGCUGAUCUAACAUAAACAUCUUCUGUGGUGCACUGUCUGCUGUUUAGAACUUUGUGGAUUGCACUCCCAAGAGGUGGUGUCAGAAUCUUUCAGUGCCUUUGUCAUAAAACAGAAUUGUUUGAACAAACAAAAGUACUGUACUAACAUGCAUACGGUAUCCAGUGGAUUUUUCUUCUCUCUCUUCCUCUCUUAAAUAUCAACCUCUCUUCUAGGCUGCUGCUGUUUUCUUCAUUUUACAUUAAUGACUCAAAAAGAUAUUUUUAUAGGAAUUUUUGCACGGCAGCAUGCCUAAUGAGAGGAAAAGGAAGGGUGAUUCACUUUCUGACAAUCACUUAAUUCAGAGGAAAAUGAGAUUUACGAAGUUGACUUACCUUACCGACCCCAGAGACCUAUUGCAUUGAGCAGUGGGGACUUAAUAUAUUUUACUUGUGUGAUUGCAUCUAUGCAGACGCCAGUCUGGAAGAGCUGAAAUGUUACGUUUCUUGGCAACUUUGCAUUCACACAGAUUAACUGUGUAAUUUGUGUGUGUCAAUUACAAUUAAAAGCACAUUCUUGGACCAUGACAUAGUAUACUCAACUGACUUUAAAACUAUGGUCAACUUGCAUUCUCAGAAUGAUAGUGCCUUUUUUUUUUUUUUUUAGCAUAAGAAUGUUAUCAGAGUCUGGUCUACUUACUACAAUGGAGACUUUUUUAAUUUUGUGAAGGGAACUAAGGACAGCUAAUCCAACUACUUGGUGCAUAAUUGUUUCCUAGUAAUUGGCAAAGGCUCCUUAUGAGAUUUCUUUGGAGGCAGUGUGGCCUGGAGUAUUUAUAUGGUGCUUAAUGAAUCUCCAGAAUGCCAGCCGGGAACUUGAUUGGUUAGCAGGGAAUAAAGUGUAGACCAUAUGAAAUGAACUGCAAACUCUAACAGCAUAGGUCUUAAUUGCCUUUUGUGGAGGUAUCCAAAGCUUUUAAAAUUUAUGUUUUACGUUCCUCACAAGGGGGUACCCCCUAGCAGCCUCUCAAAAGUUGCAGUUCUUUUAAAAUUGUAACUGGCCUUCUCUUAAUCCGCCUUAGGCCUUCUAAUCAUGAGAUCUCUGGGACAAAUUGUUGACUAUGUUACAGGUUGCUCUCCUUGUAACUCAUACCUGUCUUUGCUUUAGCAACUGCUUUGUAAUGACUCAUUUAUUUAUUAAUUCAUGUCUUUUUUUUAAUCGGUAGGAAAACUUUUUUUUUUAGUAUCACACUUCUUUUUGGAGAAAUAUCAUUUCCAGGGACUCAAAAUCCCAAAUAGGUGGUCCAAUUCUGGAAAUAAGCAUGUCUUCUUUUUUUUUUUUUUUUUUGGUUUGACAUUUUCCUUCCUUCUUUCCUCUUUGUUUUUGUGUGGUUCUUGAGCUGUCUGAGAUCGAGGCGCCCAUACGGUCUGUUGUGUGUUUUGGAAGGAAAAGUCUUAGGGCUUUUGAGACUGAAGCUAAGUGGGCACGGGUGGCCCCUGCUGCUGUGUGCCCAGUUUGAGUACCUUGGCUGGAUUCUGGGUCAGGGCUCCAGGAGCAUGAGAAUUGAUCCCUGGAAGGACCAGUUUAACUCCAUCUGAGAGUACAUUGCCUAUGAAAUGCAAAAUGUGGACUCCCUGUGCUGCUUGCAGAUAGUUCCCAUAACUGUCCAGGGCCCUGGAGCAUGCACCCAAGGGCAGAGCCUGCCCUUACUCACGCUCCGCUCUGGUGUCUUGGGAGUUGUGCGGAGACUCUGGCCCAGGAAAGGGAAGGAGAGCCAUGCAGGGGCAAAACUGGCCUUGCUGUUAGAGCAUAGGGGUUUGUGAAGCAGUUUUCUUUGUAACGCGUCAGUGGGGUGACCAAGACAGCACCUAGCAGAGGGCCAGGCAUGCAGUAGGUGCUCAGUAAUUGUCAAUGAUUAAAUAAUAACAAUAAAAGAGCACUUGGGGAAACUGUUCUGAGUUCUGGAGUUCUGAGUUCUGGAGCUGGUACCCUGACAACCUUGCAGGUUUUGACAUGUGUGUUCCAUAAAUCUCUUCCCUUCACAGGGGAAAGUAUAUUUGAUCAGAAAUGGCCAGUCAGUGCAGACUGGAUUAGUAGCUUAGCGAUGCCAAACCGUUAUAGGCCUUUCCUUUCACAUUCCAGACAACGGAGAGUGUUUACAAUUUCAGGUAAGGAACUUGGUAGCUGAGGAGUCAGUGACUAGUGACCUUCAAGCGACUCCACCACUUCUUAAAUUGGUGUUUGUUUUAAAAAAAAUUCAAUUAUCAGCACAUUUAUUGAGUGCCAAUUGUGUAUAAAGCCCUGUGUUAGGUGCCUUAAAGGAUGUCACAGGAGACAAUCUCUGUUCUUCUAACUGAUCUAGGGCAAGGCUGCACCUGGGGCUGCCGAACUUUGCUAUUGGUUUUAUGAAGGAGCAGGGGCUUCUGGAGUUCCCUUAUGUUUCACUUUCUCCACCCCAUAAACCUCUUUCUGGGUCUUUCUACCUUUAACACAUCUCUCAUCCCUGCCAGGACUCCUGCCGAGUCAAUUACAGGAGUUUUUGACAGAAAGCAUCAGCUCUGUUUCAGGACAAUCUCCGUAGAAAUCCCCCAUGAAGACUAUGAAGGUAGGUUGUAAGGACAUGAGCUCCCACAUCUUUGGCUUUGGGGCAGACAAUUCAGGGCUUAGGGUGUUCUGUGUGACUUGUGUAGGUAUAUUUGAGGACAGUCUAGCUAGGGAAGAAGUUAAUGUUUCUCUUUCUCUGAAAUCUAGAAUAAGUGGGUAGGAUUGUAGCUUCUUAUAAAAAUCUCUUGGCCUCCAAAGAUUUUAUUAAACAGGAGCCAGUGGCACCUCUGUCCAACCUUGUCUCUGGAAGACUCCCUUCUCCUGCUUCAUAAGGGCCAAACCUCAGAGCAGAGAAACAUGGGGCAGGGUGGAACUGACCAGAACCAUCUGGUUGAGCUACUUGGUUGAUUCAUAUCCUUUUUCCUUUAUGAAGACCUAUUUCCUGAUCUCCGAGGCUGUUUCUGAGCUGGCAGCUUACUGGGGCCUGACACCAGAGAAGGAGUGACAUUUUUUAUUUUCCCCAAGAUGCUCUCUGACUUUCCUAGGUCAUACAUACCCUCACCUGCACUCCCCAAACUCAGAAUCUGGGAACCUUGUAUACCUGGAUUCUGAAUUGGCAUUCUACCCAGCACCUUCAGUUCUGUACUCUCUGGCUCUGCUCAGCCUCCCAGGCACUCACUUAAGUGCUUACUGUGUUGGGAACCAAGCUGGGACCUAUGAACCAAAAAAAUAGCUCAAUAGCCUCAGUCCUGGAGGGGCAAGACUUGGUUCAAAGGGAUUUCACCAGGGUGGUGCAAUUUUCGACGUCUGAUGAGGUGACCACAGCCACAGUUAAGGAAGAGAACCAGAGAGGACAGACUUUGGAAGGAACCUCUUAAAAGACAGUCUAUAUCCUGUAUUUCAUUCUGUAAUGGCAUCGGAGAGAGUUGCUAUUCCAGCCAAUCGUGUUGAAUUACUGGACUCUGACAAGUUCUUUUGUUCUUUUAUUGUAUUUGAGUUUAGAGCCCCUGUCUGGAUUUCUAUUAUGUCUGGCAAAGGACCUGGGUUAUCAUUUUUCCUCCAGGGCUGGAUCACAGAUCUUGGAAACUUCUCAGAGAGCAUUUUGCUCCUACCAAAGAUCAGAUGAUAGAGACUUAAACAAUGGAUUUUGUUUCACUGUAGCCUGAGCAGAGCUUUGUGCUGCUGCCUCUUGCCAUGCACAUGUGCAAUAAUGGCACACUUCGCAGUACCGGGAGGCAGGUGAACCCCGGGUCCCCCUGACAUGCCUCUUCCCCUUUGUAAGCUCAGUUGCCCUGAUAGUAGCCUGCUUCUGUUUCUGAUAGACCUUAUUUCCUCCUCCUUUGCAUCAGCAAAUUCCCAGUAUUCACCCAGGCGAUUUGUAGAGGGCCUGUUUGGGGGUCCUAAUGUGAGCCAUGUCCUCAAAGCUUUUGUACCUCCUUGCUCUCCUACAAUAUUCAGUACAUGACCACUGUCACCCCAGAAGGCUUCUGAAAAGAGGGGCAAGAGCAGGUCUGCCCCAUGAAGGUUGGGUCCAUCUUCUAUCCCAAAUUGUGAAAGUUUUCAAAUCCUGUUAAUGGGCUCAGGCCCCGACUUGGCUGUGGGCUUUGGGAGGGGUAAGCUACUUCUGGGUUUCUCCCAGUGGAGCAUGUAGGUGGUUCUGAAUUUCUUCUGCCUCACAGGGAUGUUGUGAGGCUUUAGAAGGUCUAAGGAUGAAGGCCCUUUGAGCUCUUUGUAAGAAAAGUGGACAAAAUAUCAGGCAUGAUCUGCAAAAAGGUAAAAUAUGACUCCCCCUGCUCUGUGCAGCAGUCAGGCUGGUUGCUCUGUGGCCUUUUCUUGUGUCCUCAUGCCACCCCCACCCCCUUCCAGGAACCCUGAAACCAACUUGGGGGACUUUCAGAUGUUCGACAUAGAGGUACCAGGCAAACUCCUACACAUGCCCUCAGUGAAUUGCUGAACUUCAAAGAAAAUGGACCCUGCUUUUAAGAAUGUACAAAAGUAUGUCUGCAUUGAUGUCUGUACUGUAAAUUUCUAAUUUAUCACUGUAUAGAAAAAAAACCUUGCUAUUUAAUUUUUGUAUUAAAGGAAAAUAAAGUUUUGUUUGUUAAA